AUGGCCCCCACCCAUGGUAAAAAAAGAAAGGCAAGAGCAAGAGAUGCAUACUGUGCUGGGCUCAAUAGCUUCCCAGCUCUGUUCUUGCUGUCAGUUCCCAAAAAAUUCAAGGCUUUCCAAGGUGAAGGCAACCCAAGCAAAGACCCUAACAUUCUGAACUGCCAUCCAGCCUAUGCUGCUGGCAUGCCUAUUGCACUCUGUGAUCCCAUCCUGGCUAAGUUUCAGGAUGAUGUUGAAGGUGGCAUCGAACUCAUUGAAGAUGACCUUGAAUUUGAAACCUUCAAAGCACCUUUGCUGAUUCUGGAGGUGAAGCCAGAAUUUGGACUCAGGAGUGGGUGUGCAUAUUUGGAGGCAACUGCCUACUAUGUCGAAUUUAUGAAGAAAUUACGUAAAAGUUGUGCAGUUGAAAAAUCUCAGUUUCCAGUAUUUCUGAUUUACCUUGCAGGGUCCUAUCUGGGCAUAGCUGGAGCUGCAUUUCUAGAGAAGCCUGUAUGCGAACCUCUUGUGCCUGUGAUGCCUUUAUUUGUUCUACCCCAUAAUGAACACAUGCUAUUGGAAACAUCAUGCUUGUUUAAGGCACUCAAGAUUGCACUUUCAGAUUUAGAGAAGUUUUAUGAUCAAUUGAGAAAUCAACAAGAUCUUGACAUCAGUGACCUCAAUGAUCAACUGUACAUGUGA